AUGAGGUAGAAAGCGCUUCAUGCCACACGAUGCAUUUAUGCAAGCAAGGAUCGUGCGCCUUCAACAAGGACUAUGCGAUCGCCAACAUAAGCGAAUGGACCAUCAUGCCCAAGAACGAGGACGGUUUGGCGUACGCCCUGUGGAAAGUUGGACCCCUGCCCGUCAGCUUGAAUGCUGCUCCAAAGUCGUUCCAACUGUACAGUUCUGGAAUCUACGACGAUGAGGCUGCCUGCGACAACUCGAAGGUGAACCACGCGAUGCUGCUGGUCGGUUACACCAAGGAAUAUUGGAUUCUGAAGAACUGGUGGGGAAACUGGGGCGAGCAGGGCUAUAUGCGGAUAGCCCGCGGUAAGAACCUCUGUGGAAUCAGUAACUACGCUGGCUAUGUUGUGGUUUAA